UACUGUGUAAAACGAACGGCCAAUAAAUAAAAAGAUAAAAUGUUAAAACGGGGAGCACACCGUAAAAACAAAAACACAUCUAGUGUCUACACAAACAUUAAAGACAACUAUGAUAUCCGGACCAGAAAAUACAUCAAACGCUACCAAAACGGCCUACAACAAAUCACCAGACUGGCGGAAUCCACGAAAUUUCUGGAGACGUGCAGAAGAAGUGGCUUAACACCAAAUUUCAUCAGCAACGCCACCAAAAAUAUCCUCUACACAAUCAACAACAACACCAGCAACAACCGAAUACCAACACAACUCUCAAACGCAGUGACGGCUUACAUCAAUAAAGUGCAACUAAAACUGGUAAACCUUAUCAUCAGAAUAAAGCAUUCACUCCGUCGACAAAUAGCAAAAGAGGUAAAUAGGCUAGAAACGCUAAUAACACAACAACUCAACAUAAAUGAUUCCACCGUAUUUUUCGAAAGUGAGAAAUUAUUAACAAAUAAACUCACAACAACAAUUAAGAAGACACAAACCAAAAAAUAUGAAAAACUAAAGCAGAAACAAAAACAGUUACUAAACAUUAGGGUGAUACCAGAAUGGUUUUGUAAUAAGACAACCAUAAAUAUACCAAUAGAUAUCCAGUGGCUUUUAUCUCUUGGUCCAAAAUAUGCCUUACCAACAGAAAAUAAAAACUUUCCACUAUUUCAAUUUAUAGCAGACGGAGAAAACUGUAUACAAACAAUUACGGACAAAGAAAAACAAGAGAUUGAAAGAAAUAACUUGACGACGCUAAUACGCGACCACCUUAACAUAAUAACACACUACGACAAAUCUACAGCAAUACAAAGGACAAGAUUCCGAAAUUUGAGAAAUCCAACGUAGUAUAUAAAAUUCCAUGCAAUGGCGACGGGUCCCACGUAUGUAAUAAGGUAUAUGUGGGGACAACUAAAUCAAAGUUAAAGACAAGGAUUUCCGCUCAUAAGUCAAAUAUUAAAUUAAGGAACAACUCCUCGGACAACAAGACGGCCUUGUCAUAUCAUUGUAAGAAUACGGGACAUUAUCCAAACUUUGACAACGUAGCAAUUUUAGAAAAGGAAAAA